AUGGCGCUUGGUCACCUCCCCACAGAGAUCAUCCUCAUGAUUGAGAGCAAUCUCGACUCUCACAAAGAUCUGAAUGCCCUGAUUUGCACGAGCACACGCUUUGCCCUCAUGUUCGACGAGAAACUCUACAAAAAGAACUCGGCACACCAGCAUGACUAUGUGAUCUUAUGGGCAGCUAAGCGAGGCCUCGCUGGCACCAUCCACAAAUGCCUGAAAGCCGGUGCCAAGGUCCAACGACGAGAUCGAUUCGGAUCUCAUUUGGCCGAUCGUGAUGCCCCCGAGUCUUUGAAAGUCAUCCCACGACACCCAAAAUCACACCCCCUGACUGCAGCCGCCGAAAUUGGCUCGAUGUCUUGCGUCCAUCUUCUCCUUGCACAAGGUGUCAGUCCCAACUUUUUGGACGAACACUACGAAACUCCGCUGAGGCAGGCCGCAGGGAAUGGCCAUGUGCACAUUGUUGAGCGGCUGCUUAACCACGAUCCGACCCUAUUCCAAGGUGCUUUCAAGCUCCGACGACCUCUCAAGAUUGCCGCAGCUCGCGGUCAUUUACCCGUGCUCGAAGCUCUCUUCUCUUUCCUCGAGCAUGGUGAUCGAAUUCUCACCGUCAAAGAUGCUGCACAGAUCAUCCUGUACGAGGGACUCUGGCACCGCAAAGAAAGUGUCGUCAGAUAUGCACUCAGGGAGGGUGCCGAUGUGAAUGACAAGAAAUCAGAGUUCGUGUUGCGGUUUGCUCCGGAUCCACGACCAGAGGUGUCACCCGAUAUGCCACGAGUCAAACCAGUCCAAGCAGACAAGCUUGGAGUGAAAGUUCGAGGAAAUAUCACUCCUGGAUGGUCAUCCCACAUCCCAAAUGCUCUAUACGCUGCCCUCAUCGGUGGUGAUGCGGAUCUGGUUCAGUUGGUCGUUGGUCAUGGAUUUGAGAUGGCUCGGAUUAAGCCCAUGCUGCGAGACGCAAUCUUUCAGAGAGAUACCGAAAUCAUCAGAAAGAUGAAAGACCUGGGGGUCACGGUCACCGCUGCAAUGAUUUAUGAGUCUGUUGAAAAUCAAGAUCUGGCUUGGAAGGUUUGUAUGAAGAAACAAUUGGCAAAAAUGGUGGAAGACCUAGGUCUCAAUACUUGA